AUGCCUUUGUUUCUGCAAACAUGUCGCAUGUGGUACACGUUUUGUCCGAAGUACAAACAGUACCACUACGCUUCACAAUUCAUUUACAGCAAAUCCCAGAAGGGCAAAGUUAAUCCCGGACGAGCUCUACCAUCAGGAUCGUUACCGGAGCGCGAUAUCCCGAUUCCAUUUGUGGGAGGGCUUCUCAGCCGGGCCCUCCAUGCUGCGCGAAAUCGUCAGUCCCGAGCAGUAAAUGAAGUCAAAACGUUGCGAGACUUCGUUGAAGCUGAUAAUGGAUUACAGCUGAAACGACAAGGAUUGCAAACUGAUGUCGGCCGAUCACCGUUAUGGGGUUGGGAUCCGCAUGUGCGCAAACUAUCAUUACAUCAGAGACCGAGGUUCGACUUUCAGUGCUAA